AUGGCGCUGGUCAAGCGCAAAGCUGUGUCACUUGACACAAAGCUGCAAAUAUUGCAGGAUUCUCAGCGUGGCUUCAAGGUGAGCGCCCUCAUGAAGAAGUAUGAGCUUGCCCAGUCGACAAUAUCCACCAUUUUGAAAAUUGGGAGCACAGCGAUUGCCAAGGCAGGAACAAGCGGCCACGCCGACCAGCAGAAAAUGGUUAGGGAGCCUCUGUAUGCCAACGUCGAAGAGGCGCUGUACAAUUGGCUUCUGACCACUCGUGCCUGUAAUGUGCCCAUCAGUGGGCCAAUACUUGCUGCAAAGGCUAAAAAUUUCGCCUUUCUUCUCGGACGGCCAGAUAUUGAGCCUGGAGGAGGCUGGAUACAGCGUUUUAAAGAUCGACACGGCACUGUUUAUAAAAACUUGGUAGGAGAAGCGGCGUCGUUGGAUUCCCAGGCAAAACAGGAGUGGCUACUGGAAAAGCUGCCCGGCGUCCUGGAGCGCUAUGUGGACAAGGACGUGUACAACUGCGAUGAGACCGCUCUUUUUUUCCAAAUGACGCCGCCAAAAACGCACGCACUAAAAGGCGACCCAUGCCCCGGCGGGAAGCACUCCAAGCUGAGGGUGACAGUGUUGCUGUGCGCCAACAUGGACGGGAGCCACCGCCUGAAGGUAGAUUGUGCUGCAUCAUCCUGCGAAGAAGUCACAGACGAGGCGAUCGCCGGGAAUGUGUUAUCGCGGCAGAGGACAGCGUUGAGCGACGACAGUAGCGACAGUGACAACGAGGCUGGCAGUGGCACUUUGGCCCCGACCUCCAUGUCCACGGAAAGUGCACUGUCGUCGAUUGACUCGUUGAUUGAUUUCAUGCACUCUAAAGGACUGCCGUAAGUGUUCGCAUAACAGCUGGAAUCCAUGCACGCCGAAGUCGUGAAGCUGC